AAAAAGAAGCAGUCUCUUUCUUUGAUGAUGAUGAUGAUCACAAAAAAACUAUAUCAAUGUAUGCUUGUAGUAUGCAUGGUGAUUGCAUUAGUAGACGUAGUCAGUAGUAGAGAUGAUGCUAAUAAGGAGCAAAAGAUUAAAGACAAGAUCAUCGCUUUGCCAGGCCAACCUCCUAAACUCAAUUUCUCUCAAUUCUCUGGCUACGUCACUGUUGACUCGACGGCUGGACGGGCACUCUUUUAUUGGUUAACCGAGACACCUAGGCCCAGCGACACGAAGCCAUUAGUCCUAUGGCUCAAUGGUGGUCCAGGGUGCUCUUCCAUUGCUUACGGUGCUUCUGAGGAGAUUGGUCCCUUUCGGAUCAAUCCCGACGGGAAGACUCUUCGUUUUAAUAUCUAUGCUUGGAACAAAGUGGCGAAUGUGUUGUUUUUGGAUUCACCGGCGGGAGUAGGUUUCUCUUACACAAACACUUCGUCAGACGAAGUAACCGUGGGAGACAAGAGGACAGGGGAGGAUGCAUACAGAUUCUUGGUGAGAUGGAUGGAGAGGUUCCCUGAGUAUAAGGAAAGGCCUUUUUACAUCGCCGGCGAGAGCUACGCUGGACAUUACAUUCCGGAGCUAGCUCAGUUGAUCGUCAACCGGAACAAGGGUGUCAAAAAACCCAUUAUCAAUCUAAAAGGGGUUCUGAUGGGAAAUCCUCUGGUGGAUAAUUACAAUGACAACAAAGGGCAGCGUGACUACUGGUGGAACCACGGGCUCAUAUCGGACGAAAGCUACAACGACCUGACCAAGUGGUGCUUCAACGACUCCAUCCUCUUCCCCAAAACCAACUGCGACGCUGCCUUGAACCAAGCCUUUUCUGAGUUUGGUGACAUCGACCCUUACAACAUCAAUAGACCUGCCUGCCCCUCACAAUCAUCAUCAUCAAAUGAGUGGACGCAAGCUUGGCGAUUUAGAGGGAACGAUGAGUGUGUUGUGGGAUACACACGCAAGUAUAUGAACGAUCCCAACGUGCAAAAAUCCUUCCAUGCCCGCCUCAACGGCAGUAAACUUUGGACCCCUUGCAGUCGUGUGAUAAGAAAGAAUUGGAAAGACUCACCCAAGUCCAUGCUUCCCAUCAUCAAGAAUCUUCUUCAAGCUCAUCUCCGCAUUUGGAUCUUCAGUGGGGACUCGGACGCAGUGUUGCCGUUAAGUGGGACGAGGCAUUCGAUAAAUGCAAUGAGAUUGAGGAGCAGCAAAAGGUGGUAUCCAUGGUACCAUGCACAAGGCCAAGUAGGAGGUUGGAGUCAGGUUUACGAGGAUGGCUUGCUAACGUACGCCACGGUUAGAGACGCGGGGCAUGAAGUGCCAUUGUCUCAGCCUCGUCUCGCUCUUUUCCUCUUCACCCACUUCCUCGCCAACCACUCUCUUCCCUCUUCUUCCUCUUAACUGAUUACAUUGUUUUCUUUCACUUUCGUAAAUUUUGUAAACAUCAUUAUAUGUUUGUUGUGUUGAUAGGUGGCAUUUGUUUGAUUUGUUUCUGUGCUUUCAUUUAUGUGUAGUUCUUAUUUGUUAGAAGAAAAAUAUAGAUUUUUUUUUUCUU